AUGACUACGCCAGUGAAGGUCUAUUAUAGCCAGACGACGCAGACGGACAUCCGACCCCUAAUUGGAACAAGUCUAAGAAGGAGGCGUGUGAUGACUAAAGAUGGUCGGAGCAAUGUGCGUAUAGAUCAUAUCGCCGAUAAGAGCUUUCUCUACCUCAAAGACCUGUGGACAACUUUUAUUGACAUGCAGUGGCGUUAUAAGUUGCUCCUAUUUUCGGCAACAUUUGCAGGAACCUGGUUUGUUUUUGGUGUAAUUUGGUACUUGGUGGCUCUAAUACAUGGAGAUCUCCUGGAAUUCAAUGCUCCGGCAAAUCACACACCAUGUGUCAUGCAAGUCCACACUUUAACCGGUGCAUUUCUUUUCUCUCUAGAGUCUCAAACCACCAUAGGUUAUGGUUUUCGCUACAUUAGCGAAGAAUGUCCUCUUGCAAUAAUUCUGCUUAUUACUCAGCUGGUCCUCACCACCAUUAUGGAAAUAUUCAUCACUGGAACAUUUCUGGCAAAAAUUGCUCGUCCCAAGAAAAGAGGGAUGACCAUUAAAUUCAGUCAGAGUGCUGUGGUAGCUCAGCAUGAUGGCAAGUUAUGUCUCAUGAUUCGGGUGGCAAACAUGAGGAAAAGUCUAAUGAUUGGUUGUCAAGUAUCGGGAAAGCUCCUCAAGACACACUUAACUAAGGAAGGUGAGAAUGUACAUCUGAAUCAAAUCAAUGUAAACUUUAAUGUUGACACAUCCUCUGAUAGCCCUUUUCUAAUACUACCACUCACUUACUAUCAUGUGAUCGAUGAUGCUAGCCCACUGAAAGAUGUAGCAAUUCGUUCUGGAGAAGGGGACUUUGAGCUGGUAGUCAUUCUCAGCGGAACAGUGGAAUCCACAAGUGCCACCUGUCAGGUGCGCACUUCAUAUCUCCCAGAAGAGAUACUUUGGGGUUAUGAGUUCAGCCCAGUACUUUCUCUGUCUUCUAGUGGGAAGUAUGUGGCUGAUUUCAGCCUCUUUGACCAGGUUCUCAAGGUGUCACCACCAUGCUGCUUUCAUGAAACUGUUCGAUAUGGGGAUCAAGAAAAACUGAAACUGGAAGAGUCACUCAAAGAGAAGACGGAGAAGGAUGGAAGUCCCUUGAGUGUUAGGAUUAGCAACGUUUGA